UCCACCAGUUGCAUCUGAUCACUGAAGCGGUUUGGAAUUUAGUUAAGUAUUUGAUCAACCGGAUCUGUACAAAACAACAGAUUUCUUCUGUUUAAGGACAGCUUCUCCAUCCACCAGGCAAAAUGUGCACAGGGAAAUGCUCCAAGGUUAUUGCCAUCCCUCUCUAUGUACUGGCUCUGCUGUCAGUCAUCUGCAACAUCAUGCUCUUCUUCCCUGACUUCACCACUGAGUAUGCAAGUGCAGACAGCGAAAGUGAGCCAAAGCUCACAGACGAAGUGAAAUAUAUGGGAGGCUUUAUCGGAGGAGGAAUCAUGAUCCUUAUUCCUGCCAUUCACAUUCAUCUGACAAGCACAAAGGGCUGCUGCGCCAACCGCUGUGGGAUGUUCCUGUCCAUUGGGUUUGCUGCGCUUGGUGUGGCAGGAGCCAUUUACAGUCUGGCCGUUGCAGCUGUGGGUCUUCAAAAUGGGCCAGUUUGUCGUUAUGUGGCAGAUAAUGGCGCUGAAGUGUGGGGAAGACCCUUUUUGAACACUUCUGGAAACUAUCUGGGUCACAAGGACACUUGGGACAGGUGUUUGAAACCAGAGAAUGUGGUCGAAUUCAACUUGGGGCUGUUCUCCACUCUGCUGGUGGCCGCCUCCCUGGAGGCCGUCCUCUGUGCCUUCCAGAUGAUCAACGGACUGUUCGGCUGUAUCUGUGGAACCUGCUCCAAUAAGGAUGAGGAUUAAAGCGAAGCAGAUCAACUUCACACCAUGACUUCUUGACGAAGACCUGACAUAGAUUUUUCACCAUCAUUGUCAUCAUUCUCUUUUCCAUGAUAUUUAAGACAAUAGUUUACGCCUAUCUGGCAACACUACAGGUUUGCUGUUUGUGCUUUAAAUGUGCUAACAUGGAUUCGUCAAGAGGAUUGACUGGGAUCACUGCUGAUUGUUUCUUUUGUUUGCAUUUCUUUAAAGAUUAAAAUGUCAAAUUUAAACUCAGAUUCAUUAUGUAUUUGAGCUUGUAAAGUUGUUUUCAAUGUUUUUGUAAUAAAACUGUUAACACAUCAUA